AUGUCCUUGGCGAAAUAUGGUGCGGUUUGCAACAUCCCGCGCGAGCAGCGGUUUCAGGUGACUCCUGAGGAGCUUCUGGUGGGCUUAGGCCUCGGGCAGCAUGCUACGGUAGAGCUUCACGGCUUGAAAAAGGCGGAGUUAAAUGGCAAGCAAGGCACGGUGGUGGGUUACAAUCCCGAAACCCAGCGCUGGACAGUUCGGCUGCAUGAUGACCAUUCAGAAGUCGCCCUUCUGGGAACCAAGCUGGUAGUCGAGAGGGCCGCGCGUACCGGAACCUUCCGACUGGAGACGCUGCUCAUUGAUGUGCGAGACAACGAGGAUUUCGUGAAUUAUCACAUCCCAGGUGCCAUCAACAUCCCGUACAGCAAGAUGUUCAUGGAUCAGCAACGGACGCUUUCCAAGCUGAAAGAAUGGAAUCUCGCGACGACCCGAAUUGUCACAUACGCGACACAUGACAGCAAGUUCAUCCACACCACAGUCGGUCGAGACCUGUCUGCCUCGAACUGGCUCUGGGAGAUUCUCGGGCAUCAGCUUGCAAUGCUUGCCACCCUCAGUGGUGGCUUUGCUGGUUGGGUCAAGGAGGGUCGCCCCGUGGAGGCAGGGUCCAUGUCCGAGGGCGGACCAAGGAAAAUCUUUGUGAGCGAGGACGUCCCCAAAGCAUUUUCCGGAGACAGAGAUGCGUAUCUGAGAGCUUCCGAGAAAGAGGCAGCAGCGGAGGCAACGCCAGUUUCAGACAUUAAAGAGCUUCGGAAGCACAUCGGCGAGGAGCCAGCGCAGAAGGCAGCAGCAAAAGCUGCAAGCGAGGUGCCAGAAGCGCCAUCAAUUUGGGAGGUGGUUGGUGGCGCGGACAAGGGUGGCAUCGUUGUCCGUAAGAGCCGGGACACUGCAUCAGAGCAGGAGCCACAACGACUAGCAACUGGUGCCUUGAUUCAGCAGCGGCAGCUGGUCGGAGAGCGCAUGCACUACGUGCUUCACACAGGUGAAGGUCCUGUCGAGGGCUGGGUGAGCAUCCGACUAAAGACAAAAGACCUGGUAGCGAAAACAUCACGCUGCUCCGCGGCAGAGGCCAACACGAGAGCACCGCCAGGUUGA